AUGGAUGGCGUUUUGGGUUCGGAGACGAAAAACCACAUUGUUAUGGACGGUACGGUGAACAAUGUUCACGGAGAAAGGGACGGCCUGUUGGUUGGCUCCGGUGCUAAGCUUGAAAAAAUAAUUAUCGAUACUGAUCCUGGGAUCGAUGAUAGCAUGGCAAUCUUAAUGGCAUUUCAAUCUCUGGAGUUGGAGGUCUUAGGGAUUACAACAAUAUUCGGUAAUGUCUCGACAGAAGAUGCUACUCGAAAUGCUUUACUUUUGUGUGAGAUCGCAGGGUGUCCAGAUGUUCCUGUCGCCGAGGGUAGCCCUGAGCCUCUCAAGGGUGGAAUCCCACGUGUAGCUGACUUUAUUCAUGGCUCUGAUGGAUUGGGGAACACAUUUCUUUCUCCUCCAAAAGCAAAGCAAGUUGACAAGAGUGCUUCUGAAUUUUUAGUUGAUAAGGUGUCUGAGUACCCCGGUGAAGUAUCUAUACUAGCACUAGGACCACUAACUAACUUAGCUUUGGCAAUUAAAAGAGACUCUUCCUUUGCUAGAAACGUUAAAAGAAUUGUUGUACUUGGAGGUGCAUUCUUUGCAUUGGGAAAUGUAAAUCCUGCUGCUGAGGCAAAUAUUUAUGGGGACCCAGAAGCAGCAGACGUGGUGUUUACCUCCGGGGCCAACAUCGUUGUGGUUGGAAUAAAUAUUACAACCCAAGUUAAAUUUACAGAUGGGGACCUUCUUGAAUUGAGGAAAUCCAAAGGGAAGUAUUCUCAAAUAUUAAGCGACAUGUGCAAAUUCUAUAGAGAUUGGCAUGUGAAGUCCGAUGGCAUCUAUGGCAUUUUUCUGCACGACCCUGUGAGUUUUGUAGCUCUAGUUCGGCCCGAUCUCUUCACAUACAAGAAGGGGGUUGUGAGGGUUGAGACACAGGGCAUCUGUGUGGGGCAUACGCUAAUGGACCAAGGACUUAAAAGAUGGAACACAAGCAACCCAUGGUCAGGGUAUUCUCCAGUUGAAAUUGCUUGGACUGUCAAUGUGGAUGAAGUCCUCAAUUACAUUAGACAAUUGUUGAUGAAACCGUGA